UUGCCAAAAUAUACAUAUCUACUCCGUCAGUUGUGUAUGUUAUUAGUGCAUUAAUCUUUCACGCUUCUCUAUUACAUAAACAAACGAUUUAAACCCAUAAUGAUAUGAUUAUGCGUAAAGGUUCCGGCACACAACUUUACACAGAUUAAACUUUUGCUUCUUCUCCAAAACCCUAUGCAAGUUACUCCCCACCAUGGCCAAAACCCUCUCAAAACCCACAUCCAUUUUCUUCAUGCUCUUCACCAUUUUCUUCUUCUCAACCUAUGUCAUCGCAGAUGAAGCACCCGUUUUCUCCAAAAAUUUACCUCCUUCAUCACUUGGACUUGAGCAAAAGAAGCUAAGCCACCUCCACUUCUACUUCCAAGAAAUUGUUCGUGGCCCCAAACCUACUGCUGUACGAGUAGCACAAGCUAACACGACAAACACAUCCCCAACGGGGUUUGGAGCUGUGGUGGUGAUCGAUGACCCGCUGACUCUCCUCCCAGAAAAUACCUCCAAAGUUGUUGGACAAGCACAAGGAACUUAUACCUUCGCGUCGCAAAGUGAAUCAGCAUUGUUGAUGGUUAUGAACUUUGCUUUCACAGAGGGAGAGUAUAACGGUAGUACUCUUAGUUUGUUAGGGAGAAACACUGUAUCCCCGUCCGUCAGGGAGAUGCCGAUCGUUGGUGGGAGUGGUGUUUUCCGGUUUGCUCGUGGGUAUGCUCAGGCCAAGACUUACACGUUUGAUAACAAAACUGGGGACACUGUUGUGGAGUAUAAUGUCUAUGUCUUACAUCAUUGAUUGGGAAAAAUAUAUUACACACAAUGUGUUCUACACACAGCAAAAAUGUUGAAAAUGUGACUUUAAGUCGUGAUUUUAGAGUAUUUGCACAUAUGUGCAAUAAACACGGCCCUUAUUGAUUUGAGCGUGAAUA